GUUGCAAUGAGGAUUAACCCAGUGCUUCAGCUGAUGCUGACUGGAAUGAAGUUCAACACUUGCCACCCUGGAUUCUUACAAUAAAGGCGAGACUGGUCCUUCUUACAAGUAUGCGCCAGUGAGUUUUGGAUUAGGCGCCAGGAUCCUGCAUAUGUAGAUUUGGGGGGCCUGCAUGCUGGAGCAUGUGUGUUAGGCGUCUUAAGUCCAGCACAACACAAUACCGUCAGCACAAUACCCAGACGUGUGCCAUCGGGUUUGGACCCUGUUGACAAGGCGACUCCAUGCGCCUAAAUCGUCAUAGUAAGAGGGCCUUCAAUAACAAACAGAAGAUCCAAAAUCCUCUAAGUCUUCCACGUCCUCGCCUCCAAGAACGACACGUUUCAUUCAGUUUUUCCGACCCCGGUGUUUGUUCCCCUAAUGGGCGCCAUACCAGACUGCAGGAUCGUCUUACUUUCAUCAGCGUUGAGAACCCCUGCCGAGCCCUGACCCGCCUCACCGAAAACACCGACAUCAGCACCAGAUGGAGACGAAAGACCUGAUGAUGACAAGCGUGUUGACAAAGGACAAAUGGGAGGCCGGGGCCGAGCGGGGCAAAGGGAGCGAAGAGGCGAAAGACGAAGGGACGCAGGAGGAAAACUGUCGAUUGAUGCUGGCUGACGGUCUGGCGGAGAGAGGACCGAAGAGCCCGGGUUCCGGUCAACAGGUGUCCAACGGCUUCACCACGUCCGGCCCUCAGAGCUCCAAGGAAGGAGCGGGGAUUCCGGAUGCUUCCCCCACAGGUACGGCGUCCGCGCCCGCAGGGGGCUCCUCCGCGCCGGCGGGAGGCCUCAGGACUCUCGUGGUCCAACAAACCACCUUGGACCGUCCCAGAGAGACCUGGAGCAAGAAGAUGGACUUCUUACUCUCUGUGAUUGGCUACGCGGUGGACCUGGGCAACGUGUGGCGUUUCCCAUACAUCUGCUACCAAAAUGGAGGAGGUGCCUUUCUGCUGCCCUACCUGUUGAUGGCGGUGUUUGGAGGUGUGCCUCUCUUCUACAUGGAGCUGGCUCUCGGUCAGUUUCACCGCAAUGGCUGCAUCUCCAUCUGGAAACACAUCUGCCCCAUCUUCAAAGGUAUUGGCUUCGCCAUCUGCAUCAUAGCCCUCUACGUUGCCUUCUAUUACAACACCAUCAUGGCCUGGGCCUUGUACUACCUGUUGUCGUCAUUCCAGCCCACCCUGCCCUGGACCACUUGCACCAACAGCUGGAACACGGCCAACUGUAACCGCUACAUGUCCACCGACCACAAUGUCUCAUGGACCAACUCCUCCACCUCCCCCGCCGAGGAGUUCUAUACUCGACACGUGCUGCAGGUCCACCGCUCUUCGGGUCUGCACCAGUUGGGUUCCAUCAGCUGGCAGCUGGCCCUCUGCCUUCUCUUCAUCUUCACCAUUGUCUACUUCAGUAUCUGGAAGGGAGUCAAGACAUCUGGAAAGGUGGUUUGGGUGACCGCUACAUUCCCUUACCUGGUCCUCCUGGUGCUGCUCGUCCGUGGGGCCACUCUUCCAGGGGCCUGGAGGGGCGUGGUCUUUUAUCUGAAACCUGAUUGGGAAAAACUGCUCAGCACAACCGUGUGGAUCGACGCUGCGGCUCAGAUCUUCUUCUCGCUGGGUCCGGGCUUUGGCGUGCUCCUCGCCUUUGCCAGCUACAACCCCUUUCACAACAAUUGCUACAAAGACGCGUUGAUCACCAGCUCGGUCAACUGCCUCACCAGCUUCUUGUCCGGCUUUGUGAUUUUCACCGUGCUGGGCUACAUGGCGGAGAUGAGGCAGCAGGAUGUGGAUGCGGUCGCCAAAGAUGCUGGACCCAGUCUGCUUUUCAUCAUUUAUGCAGAAGCCAUUGCAAACAUGCCGGCUGCGACUUUCUUUGCCAUUAUCUUCUUCCUCAUGAUCAUUAUGUUGGGUCUGGACAGCACGUUCGCCGGCUUGGAGGGUGUGAUCACCGCCAUGCUUGAUGAGUUCCCCAACAUCUUGGUCAAAAGAAGAGAGUGGUUUGUCUUCGGUCUGGUGUGCGUCUGCUACCUGGGGGCGCUCACCACGCUCACUUAUGGCGGAGCAUUCGUGGUGAAGCUGUUUGAAGAAUACGCCACAGGUCCUGCAGUCAUCACCGUGGUUCUGCUGGAAGUCAUCGCCGUUUCCUGGUUCUACGGAACCAACCGUUUUUGCAACGACAUCCAGGUCAUGCUUGGUUUCUACCCCGGGUGGUUCUGGAGGAUCUGCUGGGUCGCCAUCUGCCCUAUCUUUCUGUUGUUCAUCAUCAUCAGCUUCCUGGCCUUCCCUCCAGAGGUGAAGCUGUUCGACUACCAGUACCCACCCUGGACCACGGUCCUUGGCUACUGUAUCGGCGUGUCCUCUUUAAUCUGCGUGCCUGCUUACAUGGUCUACCACCUCAUCAGGUCCAAAGGCACACUCAAACAGCGUCUGUCAAAGAGCGUCACCCCCGAGCCCAGCAAUGAGCAACACAGAGGCUUCAUCGUCACCAACGCAGUCUGACCCGGACCCGCACCAGUGCCAUCUUCCACCGACCACCACUUUUGCCUCCCGUUCACACUCCUUGUCUUUGUAACCCCCCUCGAAAACCUCGGAAUAACCGGUCGUGACGUCGGCGAAGGCUUUUGAACGCAUCGCUUUCUUUACCGUAUAAUCACUGCCUUUUUCUUCAGGUCACACAUGAUUGUGUGCGUUAUGUCGGCCUUUACGUUAUUAUGUUCCCGUUCACGGAGAGUCGAAGAAUACACGGAUAGGUUUAUGCAUUGUGCAUGUAGCGAAAUUCAGGUAUUAUCUCUUAUAUUUGUUAUUGAAGCCAAAUAUAUGAUCUUUGUUCUGCUCAUAUUACAAGCACUUAUGGUGUUCCAUUCAUGUUUGGACUGUAAAGACAGAUCUAUCGACACUGUGAAGCAGUGUGUGUUUGGGACAUGAGGUUGUUUUGUGUGUGUGUGUGUGUGUGUGUGUGUGUGUGUGUUUGUGUGUGAGAGAGACGGCAAGACUGUUAUAAUGGCCUCCGGAAAAAUAUCGAAUUGAAUAUUUCUUUUGUCAUCUGUUGUUGUUUUACCACAAGACUGGACUUGGUGUUGCAGAGUCGUCGGUAAUAGAAACCAAAUAUGAAGUGAACACUUACAGCGGGGCAAAAAAGUAUUUAGUCAGCCACCGAUUGUGCAAGUUCUCCCACUUAAAAUGAUGACAGAGGUCUGUAAUUUUCAUCCUAGGUACACUUCAACUGUGAGAGACAGAAUGUGAAAAAAAAAUACAGGAUUUCACAUUGUAGGAAUUUUAAAGAAUUUAUUUGUAAAUUAUGGUGGAAAAUAAGUA